AGAAUUACUAGCAAUGUUGCAGCUGAGACAUGAAAGAAAGAGAAUCUCAUGAACUAGCUAUUCAUGAUAACCCAAAAUUCCAAAUAGAUAGUUUCACGCAAGUUGCAACAUCAGCCAUAGACUUUUCCAAGGCAUUGAAAAGUCAAGAAUUCUCAAACUAGAAGAAAUUUUCCUUCAAAAAGAUUAGAAAACUUUUCAUCUAUAAUGAAUUUAUGUAACAGGUUCUCAUCUCAGCAGCAACGAUGGCCUUCAUCAAUUACAUAAGUUUGUUCUCAACUUUGAUUAUAUUUUGUUUCCAAUGCCUAUAUUUUAGCACUGCCAUAGACACCAUCAAUUCCUCUCAUUUCAUAAAGGACCCUGAAACUAUAACCUCCAAUGAUGGUGCUUUCACCUUAGGAUUUUUCAGCCCUGAAAAUUCUGCUAAUCGCUAUGUAGGAAUUUGGUACAUGUCCAAAUCCACAGUGAUAUGGGUAGCUAACAGAGACCAACCACUCAAGGACUCUUCUGGGAGUUUCACAAUAUCCAAUGAUGGAAACCUUGUGGUUUUGAAUGGACAAAAACAUGUGAUGUGGUCUUCCAAUGUAUCAAACAUUUCUACCAACUCAAGUUCCAAACUUUCAGAUUUUGGGAAACUUGAUCUCCUGGACAGUACAGGAAAUAAGGCGUGGGAGAGUUUUCAGCAUCCUACAGACACUUUGAUGCCAAACAUGAGACUGAGCAACAAUGAAAGAACAGGUGAGAAAGUUGGAAUCACAGCAUGGAAAAACCCUUCUGAUCCAUCCCGCGGGAACUUCACUACAACCAUUGAACGAGAAACUAUUCCAGAAGUUUUCAUUUGGAAUGAAGAAACUCACCCGUACUGGCGCAGUGGUCCAUGGAAUGGUAGAGUCUUCACAGGUAUACCUGAUAUGAAAUCUUCUUAUCUUAAUGGUUUCAGUUUAAAUGCUCAAGAAGAUGGCACUUUUUAUCUCAGUUAUGCUUAUGCAAAUGAAUCUGUUUUGAAACUUUUUGCCCUGAACUGGGAGGGAAAGUUACAACAGAAGUUAUGGGAUUAUGAGGAGAAGGAAUGGCAAGUGGAGUGGGAAGCUCAAGUAUCUGAGUGUGAUGUUUAUGGUAAAUGUGGGGCUUUUGGUAUCUGUUAUUCAGAGAGAUCACCAAUAUGCAGCUGCUUGGAAGGGUUUGAACCAAGUAAUAGAGAGGAAUGGAAUAGACAAAACUGGACUAAUGGAUGUCUUAGAAGGAAAGCUCUUCAGUGUGGAAAUGCAAAUCAAAAUGGGAGUGAAGCAGAUGGAUUUCUGAAUCUGCAAAAGGUUAAAGUUCCAGACUUUGCAGAGCAGUCAUUGGCCAGUUCACUGAGUUCAGAAGAAAUGUGCAGGAGUCAGUGUUUGGCGAAUUGCACUUGUGUUGCAUAUUCAUACGAUUCUGAGAAAUGCAUGACUUGGAGUGGCAAUCUAAUUGACACACAACAGUUUUCAAGUGCAGGCAUUGAUCUUGGCAUUCGUGUAGCAAGCUCAGAACUUGAUAAAGAGAGAAACAACAAGGCCAUCAUUACAAUUUCAGUGAUAGCAGGAUUGGUCAUACUUGUCAUCGGUGCAUAUUUCUUAUGGGAGAACUUUGCUAGAAAAAGGAAGAGAAAAGGGUUCUUACUAUUCAACCGAGGAGAAGCAUCAGCAGAAAAUAUAAGUGGCAGUUUAAUUGGAGUUGGAGAUCCGUCACAAGUUGAACUGCAGGAUUCGUUGUUGUUUGAUACCGAAACACUUGUAAUUGCCACAAACAACUUCCACUUCUCCAACAAACUUGGUCAGGGUGGUUUUGGUCCAGUAUACAAGGGGAAGCUGCAAGAUGGCAGAGAGAUAGCAGUUAAAAAACUUUCCAGUGUUUCUGGACAAGGGUUGGUAGAAUUCACGAAUGAGGUCACGCUGAUUUCUAAGCUUCAACACCGCAAUCUUGUCAGGCUACUUGGCUGCUGUAGAGAAGAUGAAAAGAUGCUUAUUUACGAAUUCAUGCCAAAUACAAGCUUGGACUCAUUUAUCUUUGAUCCUCCUGAGAAUAAAUUCUUAAAUUGGAGAAAACGCUUUACUAUAAUAGAAGGAAUAGCUCGAGGUUUGCUUUAUCUUCAUAGAGAUUCUAGGCUAAGGAUCAUUCAUAGAGAUUUGAAAGCAAGUAAUAUCUUGCUGGAUGAGGAGCUGAAUCCAAAAAUAUCAGACUUUGGUUUGGCCAGAAUAUUUGGAGGACAUGAAGAUCAAGCUAAUACUAAAAGGGUUGUUGGCACAUAUGGUUAUAUGUCCCCAGAAUACGCAAUGCAAGGAUUGUUUUCAGAGAAAUCAGAUGUCUUUAGUUUUGGAGUUUUGCUUUUGGAGAUCGUUAGUGGAAGAAGGAUCUCUAGCUUUUAUAAAAAUGAGGAAUCUCUGAGCCUUUUAGGAUUUGCAUGGAAGCUAUGGAAUGAGAACAAUAUUGUACCUUUAAUAGAUGAAGGGAUGCAUGGUUCUGAUCAGGAGAAGGAUAUUUUGAGGUGUGUGCACAUUGGACUUCUGUGUGUUCAAGAAAGUGCAAGAGACAGGCCUGCUAUGGCUGUUGUAAUAUCCAUGCUCAACAGUGAAAUUAUAAAUCUUCCUCAACCAAAGCAACCUGCAUUCAUCAUAAAGGAGAAUAUAUUACCAUUGUCCUCUGAAGAGCAUCAUGGCUCAUUUUCAAACAAUGGUGUCAGUGUUACAGAAAUCCAAGGAAGAUAAAAAUAGAGAUAUCUAGUAAGAUUUGUUGAAGGAACUACUGAACUAGGAUGAGGCCAAACUUGUAUACAUUUAAAAGAUUUGUAGUAUGUUUAAUUUCAUGAUCAAUAUUAUAGUAGUAAUGACAAGUUGAGAGCUUUUAGAAGUUACUUGGUAGUGUAAAAAUAUUAAGUACAAUUGUUUUAUACACAUGCAAAGAUUGUGUUA